CCACACCAGAUCCUUAUCUAAUCCACGUCUCUUAUUAAUUAAGGUUCAACGAGGCGAUCAAUGGAGCUUCUUCUCAACGCCGCCUCAGCCUCAAAAUCAUUAUGGGAAGUCGUCUUUUGUAGUACCCGAGAGUUUUCAUAUGAAAUUCUUUGAAGGCAGAAACCUAAACGAUUUUAGCUAUGCUUCCGGUUUGAUCUAUUUCCGUGAUACGCGGAUGAGUGUGAUAUGUAACCCUAGCACGGGGCAAUAUGCGAUCUUACCACCAGGAUUAACGGACAUAAGCUGUCUUGACCUUUUAGGGUUUGAUCCAAUUGAAAAGCAAUAUAAGGUUUUGGUCAUAUACAAUAGAGUCGGUACUGAAUUGGUUUUUCAUAUUUUGACAUUAGGAACUGGAAAAAUGAGGUGGAGGAAUAUCCAAUGUCCUUCAAACCAUGAUCCUUUUCUUUGGUGUAGAGGGAUAUGCAUCAAUGGAGUUGUGUAUUACUUAGCUCAACAAACUGAUGAAUUGAAUGCAGUGAUAGUUUGCUUUGAUGUUAGGUCUGAAAAAUUCAAGUUUCUACUAACACAGGUAGAACUCAUGAGGUGGCCUACUAAAUUGAUCAACUAUAAGGGUAAAGUAGGUGUGAUAAUGUUGCAGGAUGGUUGUAAAGGUAGAUUUCUCCUUAAGUUACAUAUAUGGGUUCUAGAAGAUGUCGGAAAAGAGGAAUUGACGGCAUAUGCCUACACUUUGAGUGAUGAGAAUAAUGUGGUUAAGGAUGACAGCAGUUUCAUUGGUGUUGUUGGGGUGACUGCUUCAGGUGAAAUUGUUUUGGCAGACCCUUUCUAUAAACCGUUUUAUGUUUACUACUUUAAUCUCGAAAGGAACACUCUCCGUAGUGUUGAAAUCCAAGGUAUAAAAGAAGGGGAAGAAUGGUUUAGCGAUCAUAGAGUUUACUCCUUUGUAGACCAUGUCGAGGAUCUUAGGUUUGAUGUCAUGAAGACAACAUAUGCGGAAACAUCUAUAAGCCAACCAGAACAGAGCACAUCAUCAACAUCAUCUAGAGGAGAUCAUCAAGUGACGACCGUUGCUCACGAGAAACAAGAUUGA